AAACUUGUUCAUUAUGUCCGCAACCAACAAAAACGUAAACCAAAAAGGUAAUACACAUUGAUAUUAAGUUCGAUGUAACUAAAAUAGCUUCAUACCUUAGCCCCUAACGAUAUCAACAUCGAUAUCGACACAUAGAGCAUAAAACGUAAGCAAUAUAUCAUCCCAUAUUUUUUCAGUCUUCCAUACAUUACUACGUUUUACUAUUGGCUUGCUGCUAAGAACUAACGAGGAAACAAAGCAGUUUUGUGUGCAAAUUACGAAAUAUUUUUUCCAUAUCUGUGCAGGAACUUUCAUUGGAAUGUACUUUCUUAACGUUAUCACGCAUUUAACAUAGACGAUAAUGAUAAGGCUUAAAGCAAUGACCCCUGAUUUAUUCACUAAGCGACUCAGCUGUCCAAGUUACUGUAUCAUGGCGUGCUGUUGCUUAACAAAAAUAUAAAAUACGAGAACGCACAUUUCGGGAAAGUUAUUGUCAACUUGAGAUGCAUGGAUCGACGUUUUUCUCAAGGAAAAUAAUUAUUAUUCGAUUGUAUUUCAAUGUUUUUGCUAUACAUGUACGUUUUAUAAGUUAUAUUAAUCGGUAGUAAACUCACAAUCGAGCGCUUAUCUUAGAGCACCUAUUACAUCUUAGUGAACUAACAUAGCCAAAUAAAUGUUUGUUAUACAUUUCAUUAUUUUUUUAUACGUUGCUACAAAUAAUCUCUGUUUGUUUAUUACACAUUUGCAGUCCACAUUCUCAAGUGGCUAAGCUCCGUCAAUUCACUUUCGUUGGAUGCCGCGCGCGCGAAACUUGUCCGUUCAGACCGCUCUUCGCGGGCCAACUCAAAGCAGACGACGGCGUUAAGUGAUGUUGCGCCGGAAUCCUUGCUAUGAUCGUCACUAACUGCGCCACAGUGUUUCUAUCCCCAUACGGUCGGAGCGGUGCGAAGUGUCCGCGAUUUAAUGUGGCCAAUCAAAAUCCUUCUGCUGUUUUAGACUUUACAAGUUGGAUAUGAUCCAAGUACAAUGUGUUAUUUAGUAGAUAGAUCUUAGUACUUGUUUACAGUUGAGUUCCUGCACUCGUUCUUCAUGUUUUCCUCUCCGCUUCUCUCUACAGACGGCAAACUCACCAUCUGCUUUCAGCAUAUUCUGCGUGGUGUCUGCUAUGGUCCGCCGCAGCCGCGGCUUUGAUACUCAUUUAUAGUGGCUUACUCCGCGAUGAUUUCGGGGCCCUUAGCCUUGACAGUUUCAUUUCACUGUAUCUAUUUACGGCACAGUAACGAGUAACCUAGGCGAGCAUCAAUCUUACGAUAGGCCAUUAACGUUUGACACGGCUGACCUGGCUUCUUUGGCCAAUACGCAGAGUUUCUCUAUUAAUGCUAUCGUCGCUAUCCACCACUGCUGCCCCGUCGCACGCGCCUGUGAGCGAAGCUCCACUGGAGAAACUGUUCGUGACUCCUAGUUAUUCACUAGCUAGCUCUCUCUUUUUUUGCUUCUGAUACAGACUAGUAACUGCGUUAUCGAAGUGGUACGAGCAGCCCUCAGGUAGAGUAUCCAGUACGUACUGAGAGCACCGAGACCUUUCGCGCUGGCUUUGCUUCUACCGCUCCCCUUGCCAACGGCCGCAGCGGCAGGCAGCAGCCGCCGCUGUUGUCGUCGUCGUCGUCGUCGUCGUCGUCGUAGUCGUCUUCAUCGUCGUGAGUGCGGAAUUUAAGAUGGCCGCGCACAGUGGAGGAUCAGAGAGGCUGCAACAGCAUCAGCAGUAGCAACAUCAGCCGCAGCAGUAGAUGAACAUCAUCAUCAGCCAUCGUGCCCAUAGCGGAGUGAUCGCAGCUUUCCGUAAGAGAUAACUUGCGCCCAACAGACCGAUAUAAACAGCUACACAGACAAGCCGAUACACUCCCGCUGCGGGCCACAGUGGCGUUCGCUGUGGAGAGUGAUUGCAGAGGCACUAGUGGUGCCAUCCGUGGCCGGUGCUCGAUGAUUGCUAGCUGGUCGUGAUCUAGCUAAGCUAGUAGUUCACUGCUCAGAGAGUUGUUCUUGGUCUAAAAGAAACCUAUCAGUACAGCAACGGUCUCGUGUGCGACGUACAAACUUACGUUCGAAAUGCACGCUGGUGGUGGUGGCAGUGGUGCUGCUGCUGCUACUGCUACUGCCGCUGCGAUCCGUUACUUUACUGUUGGUACGGUCGAAUUGAUCGGCUGAACGCCGCUGUUCUGGAUCAGCUCGGAUGUUGCGUGCUGCUCCUACCGGUUUCCUUCUCGAUAUACUGAAACUGUUUGUCUCCGGCAGCAUAAAAGCGAACAAGCCAAUCGCUAGCGUUUCAUUGUUGUCGUCCCACAAAAGAUUGACGUUAUUGUUUUGGUCGUUGUCAGCACCAGCAAAGUACUAUGUCUGAAGACAGUUAGCUUAUUGUUGUUAUGCUGUUACAAGGUGAAUGGGGGAACGAUAGAGGUGUACGGAGCAGAGGGUUCUUUUGCUAUUACUUAAGAGUUUCCCCCGUGCGCAGUCAUUGUUCGUUGUCCUCACGUAUCGAGUCCGCAGAGCGGUUACUGCAUUGUGCUCGAGACGGUGCUACAAGAGUGCAAAUCACGUCUAUUUAUCGGUUUUGUUGCGGUGACACCGGGGAAGCAAGCAACUACUACUAGAGUGUUAGAGUCUAGAACAUUCACACUCACGCAGAUCUGCUAAACUGCGGAACGGUUGUUAAGCGGGGCAAAACGGGACGAUACGAAACGAGAUAGGACGGUAGGAGACAGCUGUCGACUCAACAAUAACAGCAGCUGAUGGUGACGAUUGUCGACAAUUCGACGUGUUGCGAGCGCUUAGAAACGACGUAUCGGCUACGGAAUCAUCCUUGUCGUGUGUUUAGUUACUAUAUUACUGUGCAGAUGGAAUGAAUGUUUCGCCGUGUAUGUGCAUUUGUGGGUAUGUGUGCGAUGGUGAACGACAACAGUAAGCUCCGGAGUUAUUGUCUGGUGUCAGACUUUUGUUUUUCCGUAACGGUGCAAAAAGUAACUUGGAUCAAGUUCGUGUUGUGAGAAGCACGUCAUCAUUCUUCAUUAUAGAAUAAUCAAGGCGAAAGUGAAGACGUGUCAGUGCGAUACUGUACAGAACGUGGCUGAUUUGCGUUCGAAUCUGUUUUUGUUUGGGUCUAUUCUUCGUUGUUCGAUCGAAUGAAUGACUCAUUGGCUUUUGGAGUAAAGCCUAGAAAGGUGCUCGCAACAGUUGACUUAGCGGUUCCUAUUGCAGCUAGCGGCUUUACCGGCGUAGCCUGUCGUCAUUUUUGUACUUCAGAUCGGCGCGUUCACCCUAAGCGACCUGUUCGCGUUCUCGAUUUUUUCAAAUGUUGUGUGUCGUUGUUGUUGUUGUUGUUAUUGUUGUUGUCGCCCUACAGCAUUUGUUAACUUUCUUCUCGCGACUCUAGAGAUAGAUAGAAGGCAAAUAUUGCCGAAACGAGACGGAUAGGCAUUCACAUGAGUGUUUCUUUCACCGUCAGCUAACAGCUCUAAUCAGCGAGAGGAAAUCAGCCCACCUGCAACUACCAUGGAACAACAGUCUCUAGUAGUAGCAAUACCACCGGCGCCAACAUCAACAGCUUUAACUACAGACGCCCACGACAGCCUUGUAAACCCUUCGUCGUUUUCUAACCCCGCUAACUUAUCUUCCAGCAAUAGCUUCUACCAGCCUUACUACUGUGUCUUUGACUAGCAUUUGUUCUGGUCGGAAUACUGAUCUGGAUGCUCGUUGUCGGCGCGACCGAAAUCCUACGGGCGGUUGUCGUCCGAUCCCAAAUCGUUGUCAUUUUCCACGUCUACGUUGCCAAGCGCAAUCUUAGCUCUAGCAGCUGGUCUGCUACAGGUAAUUCUUGGAAAACUAAUAGUGUUGCUGCUCCAAUCAGACGAGGUAGUAAAACAAGUGCUUACAGUUUCGAAUGGUACCAGAAGAAGAAAAACGAAAACGAAGAAAAUACCAGCAGUAAAAGCAUCUGCAGUGUUAUUGAACGGUGGGGCAGAGAGCUCGCCCUAACUACGAUAACGUUGAUAAAAACGUCUACGAGGACCAUCAUUAGCUAUAUACACACAGUCUUAAGCGUUACAACGACGACUACUGCGAUUGCCAACAAUAGCGUCGCCACAACGGACAUCACCUCUGUGGACAAACUCGUCCCCAACAUCAGCUCCAUUAGCAGCAGCAGUGCUUAUAGUAAAAGCGGUUACGUUACUGUUUCGUUCCAGGGUCUAACUAACUACCGUCUUCAAGGACCGCAACGCUACCAAGCACAGGAGUACCAAUAUCAGCCGGCAAAACAACUACAGCACCAACGAAAGCUCGAGGUAUCACUGAUCCUCUCAGCGGCUUUGGAGUCUCAGCCUGGCUAACACAAACCAGUGGCGCUACGAAUGCGGAGAAGCAGGCGUUCAAGGCAAACCAACGCACAAACGAAAGAAAACAACCAAGGCAAAUCGUUAACCAAGCCGCCUGCUUUCGCAAUCCGUGCUAGUGCUGGACCCGCGACUGGCAUCGGGAUCUGUAGAACCCAAUCAAAGGCCCGUUCCACCGAUACACUAGAAGUGUCGCUGAUCGUUAGUUCUCUUCUGAGCGCAACCGCGCGCAGGCAAGAGUCACACCAGCCACAAUAGCUGCAACCGGCGCCACAAUUUCCGGCGCUCCCUUGCGCUCGCGGAAGAGGGGGCGCGACUCUCGGGCGAGGAUCAGAGUGGUAUCUAACCCCAGUCGGGUGUCUAUAUAUCUGUCCGUCUAUUUGUUGUCACCGUUAACAGACUGUUGCCUUUGCCAGUGCUACGGUGACGCCGGCGGCGAUAGGGGCAAACGUUCGCUUACCACCGCCACUCCAUCUAAACUUCGUAAUUCGCCCCUAGUGGCUUGGGGCCGACUAUCACGAGCGACCCCCACUCCUCUCCCACCCGCCCCCUCCGGGCUCUUUCUUUCGUGGGAAGGUUCCGACCGCCGGCGGGGUUUCAUCUUUUUGCAGUAGCCGUUCACUGUUUCCUGUGCUAUGGUGUGUCGUGCGUCCGUUUCGUCCGUCCGUUGGAUCAGUUGUGCCUCGUCUUUCGUCAGAUUGUGUCGGGUGGUGUCCGUGGUAGUUUGUGGUGGUGAGAUGUCUUGGUUGUGGUGGUUCUUCCUGGUCCUGUAAACCCUUGUUGUCGAUUGUGUUUGGGUCGCAUUGUAAUCGUGGACUCCACAUUCGUUAUUCGGUAAUAGGUCUAUAUUUUCUAACUGUUCUUUUUGUCAUCGUCACUAUUGGCCGCCAUCGUAAUCGAUGAUUGCUUGUGGCUUGUCUGUAGUCAGGAGUUUUGUACUUCAUCUGUGUUGUUGAUCCUCAGUCAGCAUCUAUUAAACCUGUCGUUCUCAAUUCCGUGAUGAUUCUAACGAACACGAGUAGCUUAAGAUUUUUGUUUUCUUUGCAUAUGUGCCGCAUGCGCCUCUAACGGCUCAUGUUGCCUAGGCUGUUGUCUGGUGUUGUGCCGUUGUCGUCCCGUCUUCUUUGUGACAACACCAAACGUUGUUUUCCAACAACGACAACGACAACAACAAUAACAACUGCUACUACAACUAUUACCUGGCAAUGGCAACCACAAGUAAAAUUGCAUAGCUAGCUUUAACGCAAUGGGUGAAUGAAAAAGGAUGAUCAAGUAAGAGACGAAGAGAAUAGAGACUGCCAGAGUCCAGCAAGGGCGCUCUGCAAACCUAUUAUUACAGGUGUGUUAGUUUUGAAGCGUGGAUACUUGUAACAGUUGCGACGUCAGGGGUGCAGGUGCUAUCAUAGUCGAGGUCGAUACAGAGGGUGUGCUAGCGUGUGAAAGAAAGUUCUGCUUAGUUGUCCGUUCGUUGCGUACACGACUUCCUGUCGUUUCUGUUGUGUCGUUGUUUCUGGCCCAUUUUGUUGUUACAUUGCUUUUGAUUUUCCCCAAAGAGCUCGGACGUCGAAGAUUGAGAAUUAACACGAGGUUCAAGUAGGCUAGUGGCAACCAGCAGACCGAAGAGACUCACGGAGUGUCACUAUUCAUUGGUAUACGUAUCGCGUGAAGUUUAUGUGAAUGUCGACAAGUGCGCUGAAUUUAAACUCGUUCUUCUAUCAUAGCAAUCGUAAUGUGUGUACGGUAGAGGUAGUACUAAAUCAUAUAUUGCGCUAGAAGUUGGUUGUUUUGUGAUUAUCGAGAUAUUUCGUUAUAUCUCAUUUCAAACGUCAUCGUCUUUCCUCUGAUUGUAGUCCCAUCAACUGGAUGUUUCCAUCUCGUUAGUUUGUUUCUUCAUCGAUUAAGGUGAUGCUAUUCAACAUGAUCCAUACGCCGCUACUGUCGCUAGUUAGCUUAACGGCUCUAGAAUGGAUAUUUCUUUGAAGUAGUUAUUUUCAGUCAGUGUAAGAUUCAACUUGAGUUUGUUUCUGCCGAACUCCGAGACUGUUUAUAAAUAACAAUCGCGUUUCCCAAUAGUAGUCCGAAAAGUCAAACUAACUGCGAGGUUAUUUGCUGAGUUCCCGACAGUCUAAAUCUCAUCACUUCUUGAAACGAAGCUUCAGGAGAAAAGCCAAAAACACUGUUGAUUUGUUCUUUGUUGUUUACGUUCCGUCAAAUUUGUAUUAAGUGUAUCAAGUAAUGCGUGAAUGCGACCCUAAUCUCUUGUGAUCACUGGUGGGUGUAUAUAGCCCCGUUCGUUGUCACUGUUCUGUGUUCUGUAUCCAGUGUGUUUGAUCGUGACACUCUCCAAUUAAACAACAAAAAAAAAUUACGAAAACAUCUGGCUCAAGCUCACGAAGCCCUAUCUUAAUCAAAUCGAAGCUACAAAGGAAACGUUAGAUCGGAUAUAUGAACUAAAUCUGUCCCUAUCCGAUUAACUGAUGUAGCCUAUAACCUCUACCCAAAAAUGGUCCCCGAUUGCAUCAAGUGCUAGAUCCCUAAGUUAAAUAACCGUUUACCUAAAUGAAGACACAUACAUAAGCUAAAAAGUCAGUCUGAAGACUGUAACAACACAUACUUAUAUAAAAACUGUCAUAGUACGACCUAAUCGAACUCGACAAAGUUCCCAACAUCGAAACAGGACAACUGGAGACCUCAACCAAAACCAUAAAUGCUGCGGUCACGCUGAAUAGGAAUUCCUUGGAUUCUGCACUUGCUGAGAGUAAUCAUCACCCUUUGUACAUAGUCUGUGCGGGACACACAUAACAACAACUAAUGUACAAAGUAUAUGAGAAAGAUUUUCAUACAUGAUCAUUAUCAUAAACAGCCGAUAUUCGCCGUCCUACCUAUACCAACGAAAAGCACAACAGGCCGUUAUUGCAGGCCAUUGUUGCAGUUAUUCAUCCAGCCAUCUACGACUACAUCUUUUUGCCACGAAGACACUUGCUUUUAGCCGCUGUCGCAACUAAUUACCACAGCGACAACCAUGAAGUCAUCAGGUAGCAAUCAGGUUGUUGGAGGAUCCUUUCGUGAGCAGGUGGCCACUGUUAGUAGUUGGUUCGAUGAAUGGAACCCGUGCGAGCAGACUGUCGCAUUAUACUCAUUGCUGAAAAAGCUUGGUCCUGUUCAAGGCCGCUUUCUUGGCCUAUGCCUCUCCCAACAGGGCUUACAAUCGUCGAAGGAGACCCGAAUCACGGAGCAGAAUGCAAACGACCCUGCGUUCGUUCGCCAACUGGAGGGCGCAGAACAGCUUGUCCCACACCUACCACUGUUGAGACCAGGCAACGAAGCCGCGAAACGGGUUUACCUUGAACAGCUCCCCAGGGCGCUGGCUUCUGCCGUAGAUUCAGGUCGAGCUGUAGAGCAAGCACGACAACUUUUAAGCUACGCGCUUAUCCAUCCAGCGUUAGGUGGUGACGAACGCAAGCUGCUUGGCCAGUGGUUACCACACCUUGAGAACUGUCUGGCUGCUCCGCUAGGAUCGCUUGAAACCAUGAACAACAAUAGCAACAAUAACAGCAGCGACAACGUGAAUAAUCUUAACAACAACAAUAAUAACAUUGACGGUGGCAAUAAUAGCAAUAAUACUAACCUGCGACAACAGCACGGGUACCCUCACCACAACGUUACCCACGUGAACCAUCAUCAUCAUCAUCUGAAUAAUAAUAUCCACCUAAACAACAACAACAAUAGCAGUAGCAGCAACAACAAUAAUAAUAAUAAUAUUAGUAAUGCUAACAGCAAUAAUGGAAAUGGCAGUACGCACGGCGGUAUGGCGCCGCUGAACGGACCGUCUGCCCAUGACCCUGCCAUGAGGGACGUGAUGGCUUGGCUGAAGACGCUGCGAUUACACAAGUACGCCAGUCUUUUAAUGAGCAUGACCUAUGAACAGAUGCUGGGCCUGACGGAUGACCAGCUUGAGGCGCAAGGGGUGACGCAGGGUGCGCGGAACAAGCUAAUGUUGAACAUUAGCAAAUUGACCCAAAGGCAGGCGAGGCUGCAGGCAUUGCAAAAGGACGUGGAACGUGGCGAUGCUGAUCUAAAGCAGGUGCUCGACGAGGUGCGGGCCAUGCUUAUCACACCUAUCAAAGGCUACCUGGUACCAGGGGGACAGGCUGAUGGCAAUGGAGUUAAUGCGCCUGCAGAAGGCCGUGCAGGUACCGGAGUCGGUCGAGUAACCAGCGGAGCUUCGUUGCCAAUUUCUGCGCAGACGUCACCUCCUGGCAUUGACGAUAUCCCCUCAGAAAUGACCCGCCUUCUGGGAAGACUUUGCUCAACGCUAUUGGUCUCGCCAAUGCUCGACCAUGGCGGUUUGGUACCAGCUUACGUUCAAGUGCUUGAUAGGUGCCUCUGCCAUGAACAGUUUUGUCAGACGUUGAAGCGACGCCUCUAUACGUGGAAACAGCAGAUGACCCGAUUCGGAAUACGGCGUCGACCGUUCACGCUCCCAUGGGCCGGAAAAGAGGGCCCGAUAGCCUGUGGCACUGGAGGUCUUCUGGGUCCGCCUGCUACGGGCGCUGGAACUGGCCUUGGGGGACCCACCGCUCGGGGAACGACUACGCUUCCAGUGUUCGGAACAGCUCGACCUAUAGGCCAUAUUCAACAUAUCAUGGAACCCGAGUACGAGGAUAGGCUCGAGUCGCUAUGUCUUUCGAUGACAGCGCACGCAAUUGGAGAUACGUUCAACACAUAGUCAACAUAGUGCAAGGAGGAGGACGUGGUGGUUAUCGUCGAAUCAAUCGCAGGGGACGACGACGAAGUCAACAAAUAUAUCGCAAUAACUCACUGAAGUUACGCUAAAACCAUGUUCAUCAACAACAACAACGAAAUAAAAACAGCAGAAUAUGCACAGAGCUGUAAUAUAGCAGAUACUCGCGUUCUGUAAAAAAUGGCAAGAAAAAAGAGAUUGAACAUGAACUGUCCGGAUCGAACCGAACUCACGUUGCCAACGCUGAAAGCUGAUUCAACAGUAGAAAAACAAGAUGUGCUUGCGACGUGUCGAAUCUGAUGCAAUAGCAACCGGGAGAGCAUAGCAAAAAAACAUUGCCCAUACCCAAGAUCAACCCGCCAAAGCAUAAAAAAAGCGUUAAAGCAGCCGACACGAGUAGGGUAAAAAAGGUGACCAAUGUAAAGCAAAAAGGAAGUGCUUUACACCGUUCCCCCUGCAUUGUCAGACACGUUAUAACAGGAUGGCAGUGUUUCUUAUAAAAGGUUGCUUCAAAUACAUAUUUGGCUAGACAUUUGUUCCUUUUCCUAUACAACAUUUUUUCCCUGAAUGAUAAAAAGAAAACAAUGUUUGCCAUACGAUACGCAAACUUGCGUUUGCUGUGAAGUUGAAGAUGACCUCAAAUGUGUGGCCUACACCCUCAGAACGCUCCACUUCAGGAUGAUGCGUGAGCCAGUCGGAAAGCACGGAAACAAUGCAAUGCAUUGACAACAUUUAUUGGACAAAACAUCUAACCCUUUCCACUAGCUGAAAAAUACCUGAUGAUAUACAGUUUUUCGUGCAGCAAGUAGAGAUUUUGUUUGAAAAUUUUGUGGAGCCGAUAAAAACCGCAAACUCGUCGUGUCGAUUCUAUUACUCAUAGAUGCAAUAACGGCGUUGUUCUCUCUUCAAGCAACUCUAAUAAAAAGGAGGUCACUAAAACGUAAAAACGACCGUCAUAAAGAUUUACCGCACGCAUGAAUGUUGUGUUUGUCUAAAUAGCGUAACUGCCAAUGAAUGUUUCUCGUGUACAUCUUUGUCAGCACUGAUCAGUGGACGGCGGCUUUUCGGCUAAAUCGUUCUUCAUCGAUAGCGGUAAAUAAAAGACGUUAUUUGCUGCGAUACGUUGCCACCGCUCGCACCUCACCGUUUAAAAAAAUAAACACGGUCCUAUCUUCGAUAUUUUAUUGUAUGCAGCAAAUCGACGAAGAGAGGCAAAUCGUUGAUAGGAAAAGCACCAGUUAACGUUAAGGACACAUUUGCAAUUCGAGCGAUUGCCCCAGCACAACAAGGACGAAGAGGGAAAAUGAUUAUCAACGCAGGGCUGUGGAACGUCGUAGAUGCACCGUAUAGCGUACGGGCAACCCGUAUCUUCAAAACAAAAACAUUCGAUUUGAACGUAACCUCUCACCAGACGUUUUGGGAAAGGCGAAAGAUGUUUGACCAGCAGUCGUUGUUUGAUACGGCGUAAAUUCGGCUUCGUUAUCGUCAACCGAAGGCCUGAAGCAGAAAAUUUGUACCAAGUGGAUUACUAUAUCAGGGAAAUUGAGUGGGGAUAAACCCGACAUAAAAAAAUACUUCUCUCUAGGUAAAUAGGUUCAAUCAAAUAAAAAAAAUAAUUGCAAACGGAUAAAAAUUGUACUACUGUCGGUGCGUGACAUAGUUAUAUGAAACCGAACGCUGCAUAAAUUACGUAAUAGAAGAUAAUUAGAUUGUUAUCAUGACAUUGAUAUUGUCGAUGACGAAUGUACCCCGCCUGUUUUUCCCGCUUGGAUGUCGCAUUCAUAGUAUUAUGUGAAAUUGCGAAAAUUGCUAACGAAUAGAACAACGACGUUUAAUGUAACUAACAAUGAUGAUCAUGCACCUGAUGAAGAUCGUGUUAAUGCUCGUUACGAUUCACUAUGAUCAUUACGCUUGCAAGAUGUUUCAUUUUCUGAGAAGGCCUGAAAAACGUUCAGCAAACAUUGAGCUAGCAGAUAAACUUUCCACAAAUAUGGCAGUAUAACAAUAGAGUUUUGCGUGUACGCACAUAAAUGAGAUUGCAUCACAUACCAUCGGAGAAGGCGAUAGCCGACCAGCCAACCAGCCGCACCAAUGAAUAAAGGCGAUCCUGUUUAUUCUGUACAAAGUAAUAAUAACAACGGAAAACCGACUGAGCUAAUUCAGCGGUCGUUAUUGUCGUUGUUAUUGCUAGUGAAUCACUCGGUGACUGCGGGAUGCCAUAAGUAAAUACAGAGGAAAAAAGGAAGAUGAAUUUUUCAAAAGCAUAUACUAAAUGUAUCAUCACAAAGACUACGGCAACACUACCGCAACGGGUGAAAAACAUUUUACACGGAGCCAUCCUACUACAAUCUCUUCUUGUGUGAACUCUCUUUCAUAUGCACACAAAUUAUAUACACGAGCGUGCACAUUUCGAACAGAAGCAAAAACAGCCUUCUGGUACUGAAUAUAUAGUUCGACAGUUUUAGUCUAUCGUAUUUUAAAGAACACCAAUAUAUUAAUAAACCUAUUAUUGAUUUACGAUUUGCUAUUAUUACUAGACGACUAUAAUAACCGAGUGAUUGACUGAUUGAUUGACUGAUCGUGAAGAAAGGAAGGGAAAGGAAUUCACUGAUUCAUUAAAGCCAUUCGGUGCGGGUUUGCGAAUGUCGGCAAGAGAAUCAUUGUUAAGUGAAUCAUUGUCAAUGCCGGUGAAGCUGCGCUUCACCAUUGCAAAAUAAAAAAACAGAUUACCUACGCUAAUUCGCUCUACGGCAUAUUCCUGGUAUGUAAAUACCUCCUCCCCGCCAUUUUUCACUAAGCUGGGAAACUAUUGGAGCACGAUAGUAAUGCACGAUUUAAAAAAACAACAGAAAUAAAUAACUUCUAGGCGAGAAGACACAAAAAAAAACACUUACAAAAGAGAUAAACGAAAAACUAAAAAAAUGCAAUAAAAAGUCUGUAAAUGGAAAACAUAUAUAUGCUGGAAGCGACGUCGCUAUUGUCAGUAAAUAUAUGUAAUUAUAUGUGACAAAAAUAGCAAAUAAUCCUAGCUACACUACGAUUUGGCUGCGUGGUGGCGAGAAAGUUUCGAGAGAGAAAUAUCUUUGCCCCUAUUGGUGGUCGUAAAAACUUGUUUCUUUGACUAGAUUAUAUUAUUAGAUUGCCUACUAAAUAAACAUUCUCCGUUGUUUUCAAACUAAUAAGACCUGAAAAACUGAAUUAUGUUUCGAGCUGGUCUAACGUUUAAAUAUGUGAUCGAACAAACGAUCUAUAAACAUUAGUUCCGUCAAAAAAUGGCCAGUUCCUUAGUUCAAAAUUCUAAAUAAAUGAUAAUACAACAGGAGGCUACAAGUGGCCACCACCUCGAACUAAAUACCCGUAACGAUGUACAAUUUGAGGUGGGGUAAAUUAUUACAGUCGAUAGAAAACGAUAAAAGGUACAGAUGCACACGAAGUGUAAAAACAACACUGACAUUUUAACAUGAAGCAACAAGCUCUCCAGAAUAUAGAAGACAAAAAGCAAAACUCAAACCAAAAUGAAGGAAAAGCAAAAGCACCAUUCAUGCUAUCACCGGACGCUGGCGACGGUGUUGUUAAACAUUAUAGAUAGACGUGGGUUAUAUACAGUAGAUAGUGAAACGUAGAGUGGAAAAGGCAGUUUCGAUCAGAUUUCAGAAUUUUAGAUGGAUGGUCGAGCGAUCUAGUAACCAAUAAUGGCCCACCAAGAUGCAGGAUGAUGCAAAGCGAACAGAUACUGUAAAUAAGCAAAUAGGGAGAGGCAGUUGAAAAGGGUUGCUUAUUAACUAGACUUGAAAAGUGUUGAUAAAUUAAUCAGUACGAUAUUUGUCGUUUUACAUAUUGGCACAGAUUUGGGCUUCACAAAAAACAGCUUCGACACCAAUGGCAUCCUAAAAGCAGUGUAUCGAUGGGGCCUGUACUUUGGUUAAAAUUACUACGAAUUAUUGUUGUCGCCGUGUCUCUCAGCUAUUACGUAUACGGUGGACGAAUCCGUCAAGUAUUGGUAAUAUGCGUCCGUUUGCAUUUUUCUAACUUAACCGCUAAAUUGUUUCGGACCUUUAAUAAAAAAAACUAAAAGAGAAUGUACUUACACGAUCCAACAUGAAUUGUCUACUGCAAUCUGUCCGAAAAUACAAAUUAAAAACUGGUCAGGAAAUAGAAUUAUUAACGAAAUGUUGAAGUAGAUUUACUCAUGCAGUCUGCUUGGUACGGGCAUCACGAUUUUCGAUAGGGAUGGCGUCAAUAACGUUAGCGACACCAAUAAAUCUGAGUAGAUAUUCGAGCGACAUUCCUAAAAAUCUGAGUACUGUUCGCUAGGAAGACUACUUUAGGUGCGACGCUAUCUGAAGCCUGAAUCGCUCCCGAUGGUAACUGACCAAUUUGCCUUUUCUCUAACGCCAUUCUUCUUUUGCUAUCAGAGAAAAAUAAAAUCAUGUGUAAACCCCUCACGAGACAUAUAUAAGUAAAUUGGAAAAUCAAACAAUAAAAAAAGGACAACGAUCAAGUGAAAGUUUAAAAGAAGCCGUA